GCGUAUGGGCGUUCAGGGAUUGCGUGGGGGGGGGGGGGGUAAAUACCGAGAGCUUUUUGGCUUCAAAUCCGUAUGCAGGCGUUAGGAGGAACCAAGUUGUCCAUAUUAUAUACAGUCUAUGGUUUGACCCUAAGUUAAUUUUAUGCCCGAAUAUCCCUUCAAGGUUAGCCUGUUUGAGAAAAAUAAGGGUUGCAAAGUUCAGGGUCUGUAUUUAAAUUUAACAACCUGUUUUAUGAGAGGUUUUGUGUUUUAGUGACAGAGGAUGUUCGUGUCCUAAAGCAAACCAAAGAUUUUCUAGAAUUAGCCAGGGUUAAGAAGGUAGACUUAAAACGUUCACGAGUUGCUUUAUUCUGUCGAGUAUCUUUAGAGGAAGUGGUUCACAUACCGGUGGUCCUCCUCUGAAUACUGCUGACUUCAUGAAGGAGACUCACGGCGUCUUCACGAGUUCUUCAACACGGAAACUCGACAGAAGCUCGUUGACUUGUUUUGAGGAAGAGUAUCUGCAUCUGUUGUUCCGAUGUGGAGGUCCGGAUCGAGGGGACGGAUCGGUCCACAUCAGACCCGAGCCAGCUGAGGAAGACCCACAUCUCAUUCUCGCUAAGGACCUCCCAGGACCAGAUGACCCGCAGACAACGACCUCAACCGGCAGGAGAUCGAAAAAUAACAGGUGAGAGUCCGGUUCGCGAGCUGUCAAAGCGACCCUGAUCAGUGCAGGCUGAUGGGGAAGAGGUGCAAGACUUUUUCUAACACACAAAAAAAUACACCAUCCAAAAUAUUAAAUCAUGCAGCUAGAUAUCAGCUCGAAGUGGUUAUGGAACGAGUUCACUUUGUAAGAGCAUGUUGAGACCCUUGGAUGGACAGAGAUCGCGAUGAAGUCAAAUAGAGGGGAGAGUGGGGUAAGUUGAGCCACCCCUUUUGCUUGGAAAUGGUAAAAAAAAUUGAUCAUGUGACCAAAUAUUUAGGAGAUGGACAUCAAUUCAUGUAGUCUGUGAAGCUUUGAAGCACAUGGGUGAAUGGGUUAUUUACGAAAAAAACAUUUUUCACUCUUGAAAGUGAAUUUAGUCUGUCAUAAGUUUGAUUAGAAUUGCGUUCAGACCAAAAAGAUCAUUUUACAUUUGUUUUAUACAUCAAUUGUGGUAUCUUUGAGCUACAACGUGAGGUCAAAAACCUAACUUGAAAGUCCACCAUUUUAGCUUAGAGGACUAAUAAAGUCAUCAUAGUAGUUCAGGGGCAAAUUGAGCCAGUGGUUCAACUGAGAAAGUAAAGGAGUCUGAUGAGAGGAUCAGAGUUUCAGUUCAGAUUGUUGAAAUGUGUUACUUUUUCUUUUCAAAAUACAACUGUGACUGUUCUGAGUCACUUAAAGCCAUUCUAAACUGGCCUAUCCCUCCCACCACCCCUAACUCACUUUUUUAAAUUAAAUUUCAAUUGCCAUUAUUUAUUUAUUUCUUUAUUCCUUUGCUGUUGUUCGUGUUUUAAUGUUGCUUUGUUGAUUUUAACUGUUUGAUGAUUAAUGAUUUUAAUUUUUAAUAGUGUUUUAUUGUUUUUAUAUGUUCUGUAAUGUGUCCUUGAGUGACGUGAAAGGCGCUUCAAAUAAAAUUUAUUAUUAUUAUUAUUCUCGUGUUAAAACAGCUUUUUAGCAGUUAUAUGCAAUAAUAAUAAAAUGAAUUAUUGUACCAGUUGAAUAGUGUAUAAUUGAUAAAAAAAAUACACAUGAAUAUGUAGUAGGGAUACGGCCCAACUUACCCCGCUCCUACGGUCAACUUACCCCAUACAGUUGGGGUAAGUUGUCCUUAGAAGACCACUUUUUUUUGGCAUGCUAUAUUAUCAAGACAGUUAUGUUUACACUCAUUCUGUUUGUUGCUUUCGAAAAAAGUAAAGUUACUGAAGAAACAAUCACAUUAUUGAUUUGUUUAAUUAUGACUGAACAAAAUUCUGUAGGAACCAGCACAGGUCCACAAAUGAAGAAAACAAAAAAAUCUUGAAGAAUUACAGCAAAUUGCAAUAAUUUUCUGCAUUUUUCAGGGAAAAAAAUUAUCAUAUGUAAUUUGUCUGCUAAUAAUAAAAAAUGAGUAUCAUAUAUUUGACUGAAAUGCUUUUAUUCUCUUAACUCAAACAGGACCCUUAGUGUGAAUUUAAGAUGCAGUCGUUGCCUCUAAACUGUGACUUAUUUUGCAAAACACUGUAAAACACUUUCAACGUUCAUAUAGCAACAGAUCAUAGAUAGGGGAUAGCUUUGUCUAGAGAUAGUGACCAUGCACUUGUUGAGUGUUACAUUCUGAUAUUUGUCAUUGAUAUGUUGCUAAGCAGCAGAGGUGAAUCACUGUAAACACAUAACAGUCAAACCCAAUGAUAAAGUUUGUUUGGUACACUCAUUUGGCAGAAACUCUAUCUCAGAUCUGUGAAACUGACUGAUAACCUCUCUGGUUUUAACCAUAAUGCAUCUCUUCUGUGUUUAGCUUUUUGUUUUUUUUCUAUAUGAGCCGCUCUUUGUUGUUGCAUGAGCACCUCUGUGACAGAAGGCUAAAUUUAGCUGUGGUUCCCUCCCACGCUUUCUGAGCAUGUCCUGUUUGGCAAGAAUAUCAGAUGACGUGAGGGACCGAGGGAGGGGGAGGAGACAUGUAUGUUUGUUUGAUAGUUAGCCGAAGGAGUGAUAAUGAUGAAAUUAGUGGAGUUUAGACAUUUCCUUUUCUUUUCCUGUCCUUUUCUUGACCCUGUGUCACCUCCACCUCCACCUGCAUCAGAUUUAAACAAAACCCAAAGACAAUACAAAUGUUGCUGACUUAAUUCAAACAAGACUGACAACAUUCCUCCAGAUUUUUUGAUGUGGUAUCAAUAAUCACAUAAUGAUAUUUUUUACUCAAAUUUGGAAAACAAUACAACAGUCCAUACUUUGCCUUCCUUUGUUAAAAUUCAAGGUACGAUACAAUAUGAUGCAAUUUGAUUAAUGCGAUGCAACAACAAGAUACAAUACAAUGCAAAACAGUACAUUACACUUUGAAUUAAUUCAAUAAAAUGCAGUAGGAUUUGUUACAGUAUUGUAUAAUUGCAUCAUCAUGCUGCGGGCAGAAAUGAGGAUGAAGCAGCUUCAUUCCAUCCAUGAAUCCCAUCCACUUGCUGCUAUUCACAUAGAGUUUUCCUCAUUUCUACCUUCUGUAUUUACACAGCAGCUCACAUUUACUAUCUCUGCAAACCUUGGCAGGAGGCUAGAAGGAAAAAGUACAACCUGAAUAUUUUGCAGAUUUUUUUUUCAUAUUUAGUCAUGUGUGGGUUAUUUGUGAAAAGGCGUGUCUGUGUCUGUUCAAAUGAACCAAACUACUUGAAGAAGAAAAAGGGAAAAUGUAAAUCAUUUUAUAUUUGUCCUUGAAGAUAAGGGCCACUAAAAAGAGAAACUAAAUUAAAAUUACAGAUUUUUCUUUUAUCAUAAAUGACUUUUUCUUUUUUCUCUGAAUUUUGACCUUCAAUAUUCUAAUUUGAAACACAGAUGUCAGACAUUUUCCUCAGGGACUUUGGACCGGUAAAGCCAUCAUUAGCUAAAAUGUUGUCUGCGUUGCUGCAUGUGUGGCUGUUUAGUCUAUGCAAAGUGUUGGUGGUAGUCAGGAAAACCCCGUGUGGUUUCCCAACUGCCUGCUCUUCUUUUUUGUCUCAUCUUUUUCCUGUGUCGUAGUUAUCCUUUUCUCUCUGACCUUUUUUUCUUUUUGCACCUUUUGCUCUUACUGGUCUGCAUGAACCAUUUUGUACAUCCCCUUGUUUCACAGUCAAAGUGACGUUGCAAAGUGUGAGAAAUGGGCCGACAGAAAUAAUCGUGAAGUUAAUCUGACAGCUGCUGUACUUAUGCAUUCUUUCUAAACAGCUGAAUAAAACGAUUAAAGAUCAAUUUAAAGAGCAGUGGAUAGAUGUAAAUCCCGAUGAGCUGCUCCAAACGAUAUGUUUCAUGGCUUCUCUAGUUAUUUUUUUAUGCCUUUGAUUAAACAAGAAAGCAAAACUUUGAGAAAGAGACAAAACUGCAGCUGACUGUUCGAUAUUUUGCACUCUCAACUAACUACUACAGUACACUCUCAGUGACAUAACAUUGUUUAAGAUCAUGACUGUCACUAGCAAAAGUUGUUGGUAUCCUAACUCAGUGUCUUCAUUAUCACAACCUAUAUAUUUGAUUUAUUUUUAGAUCUCUGGAGUUUACAUGUGGUUUGAAUAGCAGGAUGUGUACAAAUGAUGCAUUUUGGGAGUAAAAACUCUGGAACUUUUGAUGUAAAAUGUAAGAAUCAUAUUUAAGCUAAAGUAAGAAGAAGUUUGAAACACUUUUAUUAACACUUGCACAUUAGACUGCAGGUCUCGACCACCAUUAAGGGGGGGUUUCCUCAGACUGCUGGAGUUUCAUUUCUCACCACUGCUUUACAUAGUCUGUGUGACUGUUAGAGUUGAGGUUUGUUUGGAGGUGAUAAGUAGAGGAGUAUUUUAUUCUAGUUAUACUUUUUUGUUGUCGGGUGGUGAUAUCAGUUACUUUUGAAACAGGUUGUAUCACUCUGUGGAAACAGGUUGUGUUACUCUCUGGAAACUUGGUAGCAGUCAUCUGAUGCACAGAGUUGAAGGGUUCUGUUUUGGAUUUUACAGUGAAAUUUGCUUUUCUCAAGUCUGUUUUGCCAUAUUUUUAUUGUCAUGAUUUGGUUGAAUUUGCCUUUAUUUACCUCUGCAGAUUAAAGAGCCCUUUUUUGCAAGACAAUUUUUAACCCGUCAAUUUUGAUUACAUACAAUCUGUGGUCAUAAUGAUAACCCAAGCAUGUAGACAGCAAUAAUGUGCCAUUGAACUACUUUCUACAGUACUCUUUGCAUUGCUUUGUAAAGCCAUGUUUCCCCUGCCUAGGAGCUACUUUUUAAGGGCCCAAAGUGGUUCAUUCAAGUUGGGGGUGUCUCCGGGUCCACCUGUAAAGAUUUUGAAAAUUAGUCGCUGAUUUAUGAAAUGGUCUUGGAAUACCGGAUAUCGGAUGUAUUUGCCCACCAGAAAUGUUGAGCACUGUUAGGCUGACCCCUAAAGUUAGCACUUUUGUAGAGUUCAAAUUUCGAAGCUGGGACCAUUUUGGUUUUAGGUAAGGUUCCUGAGGCUUUAUGUAAGCCCUACAGUAGAAACACACUAGGUCCUCUUAAAGUCUCCACUGUCUUUGGGAUCGGCAGAAACAAUCAUGUUAAUUCUCAAAUGCAAAUGAAAAUGUUCACCAUCACAGUAUUUUUGAAAGACUGGAACAUGAGCAAAUGUGACAAGUUAGAGGGUCUGUUUGUGGGAGUGAAGAAAACCCAGGGCCCUGAAAAAAGAUUUAUAUGGAUGAGAAUGAGUUUGACAUCUUUCCAAUUCAAGAUAAAUAAUCCAGGUUAUGUUAAGUAAGCAAUCUGGAGGCUCUUAAUAGGACGUCAUUCCUUGCCUACAGGGGGCGCCACAUUCACAGGAAAUGAAAGGUUCUUUAAGUUUUAAGCUCAAAAACCGGAAUCAAGAUAAAAACUGAAAUUUGAUUUCAUUGAUUAUCCAAAAUCCUCUGAACAUCCGCUUUCAACAUUUGAUCCAGUCUGAUAACUAUAUUUGAUCAGAUUACUUCUGACAGACUUAGACUUGAAAAUGUGGUGGUAAAUUCUCUGCUGAACGUUUUUUUCCCUCCAUCUUGAACUGAAAUAUAAUAAUAUUUUGUGAAGUGUUUCUGGAGAUCUUAUAAAAGGUUAACAUGAGUGAUGCUUGUUCAGCCACAGCUGUUGUAAUUUUUGCCAGGACUUGUUUGAGGAGCACCAGCCUAGAUGUCAGCUUUGUUUUUGAGUUAUCAUGGAGAUGGUUCAUUCAUCUGUGACCAGCUGAUCACAGUCCAACUGUGGAGAGUUUUGGCAUCUUGACUCUGUUACCUCAACAACACAAUUUGAACUGCCAAUGAAGGAAAAAAGACUGACUUGUAUCCUGUCAUUUUUCUGCUGGCAAUUUUCUUUUUCAUCAAAACAGUCUCGUAACACAACUAAUGAUGGUGUCAUACAGCAGUUUGUGUCUGUUUUCCUCACUUUGGUUGAAGUGGCUUUGAGUCAGCUCCAUAUGAGUUUUAAUAUUUCCUAAUUUCUGUUCUGUUCUACCUCUUCUCACCAACUUUUCUCUGCUGUUGACCAGGCUGCCUUUAACCACCAAUCCAAAGUUUUGCGCCCUCCAAAUAAUUUGACAGUGGCAGUUUUACAUUUCUUCCUAAAUGCAGAUUGAUUUGAAAAGUGUGAAAUUUGUGAUCUAGUUGCUAUUUAAGAUUAACAACCACCUGCAGCGGCUCGGACCAAUCAGAGUUAGGUAUUUGACAAAAUCAGGUAACUGGUGUUUCAUAAUCUUUGCUCUAAUAGAAUUUAGUUUCAUAAUAUUCACUUUUAUAAAGUUUUCAGAAAUUCUGCCUUUAUUGUACUAAAAACAUCUUAACUUUUGCCUGACACACACAGACGGCCUAAAUAUUAACCAACAUUGUAGCCAUAAUAAUGUAUCAGUAACCAGACAGGUAAAUGAUUUCACUUUAUUAUUUCCAUAGUAAUGUUUGUCUUUGUGCGUGUGUGUGUGCGUGCGUGCGUGCGUGCGCGUGCGUGCGUGCGUGCGUACGUUCGUGUGUGAGAGACUUUCUCAGCAGGCUGUGCCACCAACCAGUCUAACUCCUUGACAGUCAGUUCUUCUGGAUGUAUAAAAGGAUACAUAAUGGAUUCAAUCCUCAAUUGAAAUUAUUGAUGCCUGAAAUAUGUAAUUAGAUUACAAUGGCUGCCAUUGAUUAUCACAGAUUAAGGAUACUGUUUGUUUAUAUGUCUCAGAUUUUCUGCUUAAUAACUUUAAUAUGCUACCAGAGUGUGCACUGCAUUUAUUAUUGCAACUUUGUAGUUUUUAAUGCUCCUGAAAUUUAGUUUAAACUCUUUAUUAUUCAGUAUAACACCACACUCAUACAGGUCAUAACUUGCUAUCAUGUUGUUUAGAAAAAUGUGUUUGUUUGUUGAGCAUUCCCCUUAAUGCUAAGAGAGUACCACAAUGUUCUGGUGGUGAGUCUUUUAUCCUUUGACCACCUGUAAAUAUUUAGUUUACAGAAAUUUUCAUAAACCAUAUUCAAGAGGAUACUCAGCAGGUAAUAAAAUAAGAGGACAAAAGAUAAAAUUUAAGGAAUGGAAAGGCAAAAUGAUAAAAAAGUACUUAGAGUUAAAUAAAUGAACAAAAAUAGAGCAGAAAGAAAGCAUCAAGUGUCGCUGUACAUUUACAGAAAGUAUAAAAAUAUUAAUUAGUUUUGAUGCUCAACAUUUAAACAUCCACUGUAACACUGCAAACAUCAUCAAAUAAACCAUAAAUAUUGCUCAGAAGAUAUAUAUCCUACAGACAGACUUUUUAUUGCAUGAUCAUAAAUAUUUAUUGUUGUAUUAAUGUGUUGUAUAAUGAAAAUUGCACUGUAAAUAAUAAUUAUAUUGCCUGGAAGAAUAUCAGAGUAAUAAAUGAGUAAUAUGUCAAUAUAAAUAUAUAUUGCAUCAUGGAAAAAUAAUAUCUUUCAGGGAUUAUAUGACUUGCUAAAUAUUGUUAAAUGCGCAGAUAUAAGUGUAUGUUACUGAAAAGUGCAGGUUAGAUGUACAUUGUUCACACUGAAAUGUGUAUUACAGUAAGACAUGUUAAUUGCAUGACAGAUAGCAUAUAUUACACAAUGAGAAGUGUUUAGUGUAUGGUAAAAGAUGUAUACUUCUGAAUUGUACAGCUCAUGUAGAUGUUGCACAUGUUGUUGUCUUUCACUGUGUGUGCUGACAUUCUACUAUUGUUGCACACUCUUGCAGGCUGUGUGUUGGGCAGUCCUGCAUGUGACUCUAUUGGACUUUCUUGCAGCCUGUUUUUUUGCUGUCUUUCAGUUUCUGCCUGUUGCACUGUUCUGCAGAGUCUUUGUGUGUUGGAUGGUCCUGCAGUGUGUGUUUUUGCACAGUCCUGACCUGCAGUGUGUGAAUGUGCUGGACAGUCCUGCAGUGUGUGUGUGUGUGUGUGUUGGCCGGUCCUGCAGUGUGUGUUUUGAAUAGCAACUCUCCCUCUCUUUCUGUGAUGAGCACUCACCCAAACUAGAAUGUGUUGAGUCAGCUGCUCUGCAAGCCUCUGUCCCUCCCCACGGUGCUAUUUAUACACACCCAAACCAGCCCUACACAUACCAACAAACACACCACACACUCAGAUACACACAGACACUCACUCACACACAUACAGAGCUGGGUAGACUUGAAAGUGUCCUGUAAACAAUAGUGGAGACAAACAGAGGGGGAGGGGCUUCAGGGUGACUCAGUUUGUUCUGACUCGGUGAAGAGGAGGCGGUGACAGGUGGACACAGACUCAGAGACGCUCUGGCUGACCGUCAGCUCACUGAGGAGAUCCUGGACUUCAGAAGUCUCACUGGAUCACAUGUAGGACUCUGAGGUAGGCCUAUGUGUGUGUCUUAAUACUUUUACCCUUUUCCUAAGACAAUUAAAUGUGAGAGCUGUAGAGCCAGAGGACAGGGAGAGUGUCAACCCACCGGAGCAUGAGAAAAGUUUGAUGUUGAGCUUAUUUAGUUCUCAUCAAAGGUUUUAACUCUGUCUUGUUUAUCUUCAUUCCUGCUCCCAUGAUGGCAUAUUGGCUUCACAGUGGUUUUGUGUUGUUGCACGACUGGUUCUGUGUGAUUUAUGUGUUGUUUUGCAUAAUUAUGACACUUGUAUGUAUCAGUGAGUUCUGAGAUGUUGUGAGAUCGCAGCAGUGCCUCAGCUUUGGUCUUUUUAAACCUUUUUUGUAUCUCUUCAUCUUAAAUGAGCUCUAGAUAUGACGAUUUUAAUUUGUUCUUUCCACACCUGGAUUUUAAUCUUUAAAGAUGGAUUUUUAUGCUCAUAAGAAAGAAGAGUAACAGCUACUUGUAUGCAUAAAGAGGGAAAAUAUUUAAAACCUUUGGAAACUCAAAUGAGAGUUUCAAAUUAGGACUUAACUCAGACACUAACAACAGAGACAUGUGGACCAUUAAGACAUUAAAGAAGGAACUUCAGCAAAUGGUAACAUCAUAUUUAAUAAUGACUUGAAAAGUGCUCUUAUCUGUUGUGGUCGGUAUCCUUCAUGGAAAAUAAAACACGGCCACUAGCCGUAGGGGAUGGAUUUGGUUCAGGUGAAAAUGCAUUUUACUGUACACCAUUCAAAGCAAAUCCCAUGUCUGUCACCAGGCAGAUCGGUCUUGCAAAGCCUUGAGCUAAUGCAUUUGUUCUUAGUCAGAGAUUGACGGGACCAAUCAGCAUCAUUUGUGGAGGAAGAGGCAGUUGCUAUGGGUCUGAUUUAGUGGAGGGUUCCAGGUCCUGGUUUUCAAACCAAACAACUGCAACUGAUUUGCAAGAAUGACAGUUUCUCUUUGCUGGGAGUUGUUGCGUCUGCACUUUUUAUUUUCUAUUAUUCUUCUUACCAACAUUUAUAAACUGAAAAAUCAUAUUAUGAGCAAAUGUAAACAGGAUUUUCUAAUCUUAAAUUAUCUUUAUAUAGUUGUAACCUCAAGUCUUUUAGUCACUCAUCAACAUUUUUGUCACUAGCUGCCUCACUCACUGAAGUACUUGUUGACUUUCUUGAGUGACUUUUGAUGCUCAAAUUUUUUAUUAUAAAAUCAUGAAGGUUCAUUAACAUGACAACAAGAGUGUAUCAAGCAUAUGUUGUAUAGUUCACUCCUGGUGGUGGCGUAUGCCUGCCACAUCACAUUUUGUUGUUCUGAUUGGCUCAUAAUUGAUGUGGCAGCCACAAUGUUCAUCCAAUCACCCAACAAACUUCAUAUGGAAGGUUCUGCCUUUUCCAAACUUCUUCAGUGUGGUGUUGGAAGAAACAUAUCCCAUGCCAUGGACUUGUGAAAUAGUCAAUCUGGCUUGUCAUUUUGGCUCUUUUUGAUGCUUGUAAAAGCAUGUGACUCACACUGAGCACUGUACCUGAGCAUGAUCUUUGUGGAAAACCCUGGAUCCGCUCCUGUGUUGCACCUUGUCCAUCGUCUACAUUGAUUUUCUGUAUAACACUAUGAUAUGAGGCUAUAAGGCUGGUUUAAAAUAUUUAAUAUCUUUCUCCAACUCUCCUUGUUGUACCUAGUUUUGUGUUCUUAAAUGUCUCGUCGAGUCACAGUGGAUUGUGUGCAGAGCUGUGAGUUGUUUGAGUGUCUCUUGGUUCUGACCAGCAACAGAGGUCAUUCAGUGAACAGUCUGAGUCAGUGUGCAGGAAUGUUUGGUCACUGAGCAGAAAACUUUUAUAACAGGUGACACCGGCUGCUGUCAGCUUCUGUUAAUAAUGACUGUGUUAGCUCGGAUGGUCAGUAUCUAUAAAUGUGUUUGACCCUCAGUUUAAUACAAACCCUAACCUCAGAGCCCCAAAGUCUGAUGAUUAAUACUUGUGGGCACAAUGGCUAACCACUGAGGUAUUACUGUUUGCCAGUUUUUUACAGGGCACAGUGUUUUGUGGUGGUGUAUUGCAGGGAUGUCGGCAAUACAAUCCGGUCCAAUCAGCAGCUUCAGCAGCAAUUGUGUAUUCAGAAUGAUUAAAAGAGAAGUGAAAUUAACCUCUUUAGAUAUGUCUGCAACACCAACAAUGCUGCUAUUUCCUAGUUUUUAUCUCCACAGUUGUUUUUGUUUAUUCAACGCCAGUGAGUCUCAGUCUUGCUGUAAAUAAAUGGUAAGUUACUUAGAGGCAUCACUCUGGCUCACUUCUGUAGUAGAAACCUGAAACAGAUACCCAAUUUUCACUGUUAUUAACUGGUGUUACAUUUGCUGAAAUAACAUAGUCAAGAUGAAGAUAUUUAAAAUGUAAAAAGAAUUUCCCACCCUGAGUGUGUGUGGCAUCACAAAAAGGCGGCUACCACUGAUAAAUGGUCUGUUAUCCAUAAACUUCUGAUCUAAAGCCCCCUAUUGGCUUUAGUGGCACAGCAUCAAGCAGAUUUUUGUGUCAAGUGGACAUAUUUGACCUACAACAGACUGUGAGCCAGUGCCACACUUUGUACAGAUGUCUGUUUAUGUCAAUAAAUCUUUGUUUACUUAUGUGAGCCAAGAUUUCAUUGUGAUAGUUUCCAUACAGACUACAUGUACCAAAGCCUACUGGCACCUGACUGGUCAAAACUACGCAGACUAUAAAUGACUAAAAACAGCCAGGCCAAACCAGAGUUGAUCAAUGAGAGGCUAAAGGUUCACUUUCCCUCUAUGAUCUGUCCUGCAGGCGACCUCACAGCAACAAACUUCAUGUCAUAAACAUCCAGGCCAACACGCCCCCACCCCCCAAACCCUUACCUACGGGUGUCAGCUUCAGUCACCUGACCUGGACUCAGCUUAGACUCGACUCAUAAAUCAGAUAGCUCUACACUCGUAUGUCAAAUUUCCUCACAGUUGAUGUUUCAGCAGCAGCUUCCUCAUGUUGUUUAAGCUGUAGAAGUAGUUGUGUUUGGCCCCAAACACUCUGAAGGUCAACAAAUGACUACAUACAGAUUUUAAGCCCAUGCUAGGUUAUUGUGGACUAAUACAUCAUGCAACCAACAGUUAUUCUACUGUAAAUUUAACUGACACUUUCUUCCUAAUAAAUCUGUGACUUCAUCUGAAAUUGAAAAAAAAAAAACAGACACACAACAACAACAAAAAAGGUUCAGCUGACCUGCAGCUCAGUAACACAAUAGCCCUCCCCAUCCUGAAGAAGGCUGUUGUAAGUUUUAGGUAGUUCAAGGCUUUAACAGGACAUGCCAUUACAUGUCAUUCAUGAAGCAAUUAAAAUCUAAACUAUGUGCAUUAAUGUUUUCCUCCUGGUGCAGAGUGUUCACAGUAAAUAACGGAAGACCUUAAAUUGACCCCUGAGGGACGCCACAGAAAAGCAGAGCAUAGGAUUUAAUUUGCUUUAAAGAUAAUUCAUUUCAAAGACAGACUUGACCUCUGUAAAGCAGUCUCAAGGUGUGUACAGGCAAAUGGAAGAUUAAAAUUACAGACACAAAUCAGAUUAGAAUUGACUUUAGAGACACCCCAAUUGUGAAAAUGCGGACUAGUUCUGGCACUGAUGCUCCAAACAACAAGUAAUCUGACAGCCAGUUCAGACAUUAAUUAUUUUGGCAUUACUUCUUUGUAAUUCUUCUGAUCUUUUUUUUUUAAUGAACUCUGGGAUUUGAUGUCUCUAGUGCAUGUCGCUGGUUUCUUUUAGAGACCAAACACUGCCAAAAACUGCAUAAAACUUCCUCGUUGCACUUUUGGUCAUGAAAACAAACAGGUGACUUCUGCACAAUAAAACCCCUCCUCCCUUAGUCAGCAGAUACAGUCAAAACAUUGCACAUUAUUUCCUCAAAGGUGAUGGUCUUAUCAGGUGAUACAUCUGUGCAUUGGUGUCUAGAAAUAAUUCUAUCUGAGGCAGACAACCUAAUCUUAGUUUGUGAUCUAAACUUUUUAAAAUGAAGACAUAAAGAGAGAACCAUCUCAUGUGCCAGACAGUCCAGGACCUGAGUAUUACUUGUUCUAUAAAAAUAGCAAACUCUGACAAUACAGAAGGUGGGAAAAAAUAUCAAAAGUGGAGGCUGAAUAUUUAUAAGUUAAAGUUGUUUUCAUACUUGUGACACUUAAAGUUGACCCUCAUCACAGUUAUUCUGGCAAGUGGGUGUAGUAAGUGUUGCUACUUGUAGAGGGCACCAGAGGGGGGUUGCAGCCCUCAAGACCACUCUUCAUAAAUGCUGCAGAGAACUUUGCUCGGUAAAUCAAGCUUCAGUUGCAAAUGAAGUUGAGAAAAUAUAAAUUCAUCUAUGUGAAUAUUUGAAAUUCAUUUUCCUGCACGUGUCUGCUCUCACAGUCUGCAUGUGUGUUCCUGCCCCGUGUUACUGCAGGAGAGCUGAGCAAUGCCCCUAGGGGCAGAUCUCAGAUCAGACGUGUUUCCACAGUAUUUACCUGACCUCAGCGUUCAGUAAAAAGCAUGAAGAGGCAGAGGUGAAGAGAUAAUGGCAUGUAAUGAGACUCCUCCUUUUUCUGAUGAAUUGCAGAAGAGAAAUGAUGAAAUAAUUAACAGUUUGAUUUACUGACAGGAAGAACCUCCAUGAACUAUAUAAACAUAGUGUGUAAAUAGACAGGGCUGUUUCUUAGAAACCAUAUGUUAAUUAAAAAUGAUGUUCACUGUUCACAACUUAAACAAGAAUGGGUUAUUUUGACAUGCUUUUUAAAUAUAUAUAUAUUUUAAUGAUACCCUUAGGAGAGGCAUGAAUCACAGGAAAGUGGGAUAGACAUGCACCUAAAGGGUAGGUGGAGAGCACCUGCAGCCCACUCUUUGAGGGCUGUUGCUGUAUACCUGGGACGUCUGCUCUACAAGCCGAGCUCUACUAGUGCCCUGAUGAUCCUUUCUUCAGGGGCUUCCCUCAAAACCUUAACUCAAGAUUAAGAGCCACCCCAAUGACAAAGGGAGAGGAAAACACCCUUUGUCAUUUGGGUGCUGUGAAAAGUCAACAUUUUUGAUGAGAAUGGAUGGACAUUAGGAGCUUGAAUUUGUUUGUUAAUGAUUAGUCAGUUACAUCAUUGCAUUGCAGGAAUAGCAGAGAAUUUAGACACGAAUUUCUGGGAAAUGAGUCAUUGUGCAUUCUUUAUCUGCCCAGAGCUAUGCUAGCUAAAAAAGUACCGGGAAGAAAGGUGGCAAUUAUUGUAACAGUGUUGCGUCCUUAAACUUCUCAAGUCCAGGGUGAGUUUUUAGUGCCAAGACAUGAUAUCAAAAUCACAACAUUGUGGACACACCAAAGGUGGCCUCGGGGGUCUAAAGCCUUGCCCCUGUUCAUUGUCUAUUGCUGAAGGUAGCCUCUGAAGAGAACUCUGGGAUUCCUGGCACCCUGCAUGUGACUGGAAGCACCACUAAUUAUCAUCUUUCUUCCUCAUUAUGUUAACAUUAUGCAUUUAUAGCGUAAUCUUUAUCAUUUAUAGCAUACUAUGAAGUGAUAUUCAUCAUUUUAAGUGUUGGUUUUCUUGAAGAGACUUGAAUUUGAAUGAAAAGUUACGUGGCUGAAAAGGGUGGGCAUUUCUUAGGGUGGGGUGCACCUCUGGUAUGUCAGCACCGUUAGACAUAAUAGUGAAUCAGCAUUUAGCAGGUCAAUAUCAUCCUCACCUUUUCUUAAUUAUAACACAUUUCUUCUGUCCUGUGACUGCCUCUAAAAAAGUUACUGGCUCGUGUUCAACAUCUGUUAAGAUGUAUAGAAUAAUUCAGUGUAAUAUAAUUUCUCAUUUUGAUAUCUAUAAUAUAAGUCAGCUUUACAGAUAUUGUGUAUUUCACAAAUUAACUAUAAAUCCCCCUAAAACUCGUUGCUUGCUAACAUAACCAUGUUUAUUAGAUGGUUAUGUAAGUACAAUAAUAAAAUGAUCUUUAACUUUAGUAAAAAAAAAUUUAACCUAAUUACUUAAACUAGAAUGGGUUAUUUUGACAUGACAUUGAAUUUCCCUUCUGGAGGAUUAAUAAAGUUCUUCUUCUUCUUCUUCUACCUCCUAUUUUUCUAUCUUAGAAAAAUAGCUGAACAUAAAUCCAAAACCCCCCUGUGGUGAUACUUUUACUGAGCCAGAUAUUUUUCUGUCAACAUGUAUUUGAUGUAAGUUCAGCAUUUUGUUUCUCUUGUAGUAUCAGGUAGUUGUGUUUUGACAAAUGGAAAGCUUCAUACACAAACUAGGAUGAGCUGAUCUAACUCAUGAUACGACUGGAUACCAGCGCAUGAAUAGCUUGUGCUGUGAUCUAGCAGAAGGCGCUCCUAUCAUAACUUGGCCAAUCCAAGCGCUCUUGACCUCAGUCAACUAUGACAGUUAUGAAAUUCUAUAAAGAUGGAGGACUUAGUUCAAGCAAAAGCGGACAAUCACGGCACCAAAACACCUGAGAAGUGUGGUGUGGACUGGUAUUUUGGGAACUAGAUUGAAAAUGCAAAGACAGGAUUGUGUCCACUUCUUAUAAAGCACCUGUCUUAAGGUCCUUACACACCGGGAACAACGAAAAUAUAAUAUAAAUUACCAAAUAUUUGGAGCCGAAUUUUGACACGCCUGACUAUACACAUCAAGCGCGAUGCGAUUUUGCGACUUUGCGAGGGGAAAAAAGAUGCGUCCCAGGUGGAAGCGAGAAGACUGACACAACACCAGACUAACUGUUUUUCAGUUCUGAUUAGACACUCGUGUUGAGAUGACUGUCUGUCAUGAUAGCAUGUACUGAGUCGGGGCCAAUACCAGAUAAGCACAUUAAACUAUAAUCCAUAAACGUAAGGUAACAACCGAGACCUGAUGGUGCUGUGACAGCAACGCGAUUGAGUUUGAGAGAGUGAAAAUACAUAUGGUAUGUUGUAUCUGAACAGGUUAGCUCACGAGCUAAAGUUACUUAGCACAGAUGAAAGUUAAAACAAAGACGUUUAGCAAACUGUUAAAGCACACAAACCAUCGCCAUAUGAGAAAUCCAACGCUAUGACUCUCCACAAGUUGUCCUUCAGGUCGUUAUCUUUGUAAUAUUUGUGUCUUUUAUCAAACAGCACUCUGUUCUCCAACACGUUAACAAUCAGCGAGUUGGCCAUGUUAGAUAUACCGGCGAAUCUGACGUCGCAACAACACGCAAUCUGAUUGGUCAGAAGUGGACACACAGUAUGUGAAACUGAAAAAUCGGACGUGAUACAAAAAAAUAAAUGCCGCAAUAUAGCAGGACAGGACUGAUGUGACGUCGCUGAUGUGAACACUUGUAUUGACAGGAUAUGGGUUCAAAAAAAUAUUGACGUCUGAAGUAAUUACACCAAAAAAAAAAAAAAAAAAAAAAAAAAACAGUCCCGGUGUGAAAGGACCUUUACUCGUGAACAAAAACAAAUCUGCAGGUUGACCUGUUAGUUCGACCGUAUCCAAACACGUCAUGUGUGGUAUUUGUUCAAAGCUGUUUUUUUAAAACUGUCCAGGUGCUGUAAUAUGUUCACAACAUGUUAUAGGAUAAAACAAAAGAGAUCUACAACAGGAUGGCAUUCUUUAUAUUCAUAACAAUACUGAAAGGAAACUCAUGGAUGUGCAGACAGCCCCUCUGUUCUUGUCUUGAAAUUGAUUCUGCUUUUAUUGAUGCACCACUCUUCUUGGGUUAACACUGGUGUCCUGAUACCCCAACAUAUGCGACUGAGCCAGGGUAAAAUUCCUGGAUGUUUUGCACACAAGGCAAAACAGUUAAAUUGAGUUUUGAAGUUAUUGUCAUUAACUUGAUCAUCAGAUAAAUGAGCAGUCUGAAUAUUUAGAAACAUUUUCACAAUUAACAGGUUAUCAUAGAGUUUAUCAAGCUGUUGCACACCAUCAGCUUUUUUCUCCAAUCCUUUGUUUUCUGUUAAUCCCUCACCUUGUCUUGCUUUCUCCAUGCCCCCUCUUUACUGUCUCACAUAUUCUGUUUUCACACAGUGCGGGGGAACUCUAUAGUAAAAGGAAAAAAAGGUAUGCAGGCAUGCAGAGGAAGCAGAGGAUUUCUUCUGAGGCAGGGUGGGGUCCAGAGCUGAUUAGACACGAGCAUGGAAAACAUUAGCUCUCCGGACAUGUGAGGAGGGAAACUACGAGUGUCUCAAAGUUUAUCACGGCAAUAAAAGGCUCUAAACCAAGUGUGAAAGGAAACGUGUUCAUGUGAGGUUGUUGUGCAGUAUUUGAAUGCUACUUAGACAUUUAAGUGUCCUAAAAUAAAUCUGCUGGAAUCUGCGGUCCUGGUUUUGGUCUCCAGUGACCACUGAUGCACCACUUUGGCACGUCAGGAAGAGAAACUGACUCCUUAUCUGAGAAAGAGGGAGGGAGGGAGGAAGAAAAGGGGGAGGGAAGUGUAGGACAGAGGGAGGAGAAAAACAGGGAGUGUAAAACAAGCAGUGGGAAGAUUUGUUGGCUCCUUGUCACGGAUUAUAUUCUGUAACAGAGUGCGGAUUAUGGGAGCGGGGGAUCUUGGCUGCAGCAGAUACAAUCAAACAUCAAACACAUGGUAAGGUCCAGAAACACACCUCUCCUGUGUGUCUGUGUGUCAGCUUUGAGAGUGUGUGUAACCUGUGACAGAAGGAUUACAAAAGGUGUUCCUUCAUUUCCUUGUUUGACAGGAGCUCUUACAAGAAGUUUUGUGGCUUUAUCAGGCAGUUUUAGACCUUUUUUGUGCAGUUUAUCAGCUUUAUGUGUAUCGUGAUCCACUUUUAGUCAUAUUUUCCUGUUAUUUCAAAGUCACGUGCGUGUAAGUGUGUACUCUACCCCUCUCAUCCACUUGUUUGUUUCUGUGUCUUCUCAUUUGUAUGCCUAAAACCCGUAAUUAGUGACAGGGGAAGCUGUAGGGGAAGAUAUUUUGGAGGUUGUUUAAUGUGUGAUUAACUUCUACGAGGUUGUGGGACUUUGUUUCUUACCUCUACAGUCGUAUUCAGCCCCAAUUUCCCAGUUUUCUUGUCUUUCUUUUUGCCUUUUUGUCACCUGUAAACAGUCAGCUGAGACAUGCCCAGGCACUGCCCAGGUAUCGGUAUGCGUCAGCUUUCAAAGUGUGGAGUCUGUUUCUCUCCAAGGUUUGUUUUUCAGCCUUUUCAUUCAUUGAAGAAAGGCAUUCAACAGGAAACAGCUCUUAUUUUGAACUAUUUCCCUGUAGAGGGUCACUCAUUCAUCCUCCUGCUGGAGUAUCAGCUCUUACUUCUGCAACACAGCGCUCUGUGUUUAAUCCUUUCUGCGGGCUAACUUUAAAGAUUUGUGAUUGCAUUGCACAAACUUUGAGAAGGCGUGCUUUAAAAUUAGGCUCUGACGUCAAUUUGGUUUAGCAUUUAUUGAGAAGAAGGGCUCCAAGUGUAAAAAUCAGAUAUCUUUGAGAAAAUAGAGAAAGUGCCAGACCUCUGUGUCCUGAUCCGUGUUUUUGCUUUGGGUUAGUUCACACCUCAAGGCUACAUUAUAUGCAACAAGCAACAAACAAUUAUGUCUGACCAAACAGUGAGGGUGGAGAUGGAUUGUGGGUACUGAAUGUGACAAGGAAGAAUGAAUGGAGGACAGGAAAGGAUCUCUGUUUCUGCAGCUGAUGUCCCCACUGCAGCAUAUCCACAGAUUUUUAAGAUUAAUAAAGUUACAUAACUGUGCAUUGAGCAUAAAUUCAAGUGCUCAUAUUUCCAUCUGCUUUAUUUCAUUUUUAAGCUUGGUGAGAGUUCUGUUUCUGUGGUAGGUCUGAUUCUUAUAGAAUUGCAUCUACUGCUGUUGUAAGUAUACCACUGCUUUUUCCGUGAACCUUCAUCCUGUAAGUUCAUACUCAGCUCGUGUUUCGCAUGAUAUAGAAUGAGUGCUUGCCUGUCAAGUGAUGUUUGCCAUUUUGGCGCACCUUCUGCGACAAACAUGGAGACAUACAGCAUGCUGCAGAAACAGACUUCGUUUAGAUUUUCCAGAGUCUCAGCGGGUGAUCUCUCCAUUUAUACACCUGACCAUUUUUUAUCCAUUUACCUGGGAUCUACAGGCUAAAAAGAUUUACUCAGAUAUCCCUCUCACCAGCAACAGGAUGUCUUAGAUAAAAGGGUCUCCUGUUCAGAUACCUGAAUUGCCUCAAAUGGCCCUACUGCUGAGUCCCAAAUCUGUCUCGAAGACUCAGCCAAACAAACCUCUGAGGAAACUCAUUUUGGUCGCUUGUAAACAGAGAUCUCAUAUUUUCAAUCACCAUCCACUGUUGAAGAUAUCUCAUUAAGGUGCAUUUAGAAGGGAAAAAAAGUGCAGUUGGUUUUUGAUUAAUUUUUAGGUUAAGUAUAGAUAAUCAUGCCUUGAACGAUGAUUAAAGAUGAAUUCUUUGACAGAUAGAGUUACACAAUCUUCUGUGGUUAAACAAACCCUGUGCUUCUAAGUGCUGUAUCCUCGAAAUCAGCCUUAGCAAGGCCUUUCAUGGAAAGAGGUCAUUUUUAUUAUUUUAUUUUGUUGCUUUAUACUGGUGUGUUCUCUUGAUUUACUGGACUUCUCUGUCCAGUUUAGUGUCUUUUGACCUUUCUUGCUUUUCCUGUGUCUUUACCAUAGACCGAUACACUAUGGACAACUUGGUUCUGCCUUCUGCCAGUAUACGGAUUUGAAGCUGAAAAGCUCUCGGUAUUUCCACGUUUUUUCUCCAUUUCCUGAAACCAACAUUGCGCAGUAGCGUUGUACAAAUUCGGCGGGAGAGUCGCAGAGAGUCACUCUGAUGACCCUCGGCUCAAACAGCGUAUCCCCUGGGUGAAAUACGCAAUCUUCGUACGCUCAUAGGAUGUAUCAAGUGUCAAUCAUAGAAAACAUGAACCCUCUAAUUACUUUUAAAAACAGAGCUGUACAGAAUAAAAGAGGAAACCAGUCUGACAGUAACUACAUGUCAACAUCACAAUGGGGGAAAAAAAUUUAUACUCUGUGUGAUUAAUUUCUGAAGUUUGUUCUUAACUUCAUAAGGAUGGCUGGCGGAGGCGGGAUUUAUGACCUAUACUGCAGCCUGUCACCAGAGGGUGCUGUUUUCCUGGUGGCUUCACCCAGCGAGGAGGCAGAUGGCGUUCAUUCUAUAUACAGUCUAUGGUCUUUACCGUCAUCUCCUUUUUGCUGUCUUCCUUUUUUAUUCUGUAUUUUACAGUAUAAAGAUCAACAAUUUCAUAAAGACAACAACUAAACCGAUAUCAGAAUGAUACACAUUAAUGACCACUUUCUGUCUCCAUCCCUCAUCCUGCAAUCUAACACACUCCUCUCUCAGUGUCUGACUAAGAAAAGACAAAAAUGAGUCAGUUGGUCUUGCCUGUAGGGAAUAUUGUAAUAAACUGAAGAUGCUCCCUGAUCAAAAAAAAGGUCUGAUUUUAUCCCAAACAGAUCUUGUGAUUUCCACUCUCCAGGAACUUUGCGCCUAAUUUAUUUUUGGCUGCCUAGAAAAUGUUUUAAUUCCUGAAUGUCUGGGGCCAUGGGUUAACUUAUCUUUCAUUAUCAGAGUAACUCAAAACUUGUGACAGAGGUUAUGAAAGUGUGGUAACUGCUGGAAGCCUUUUUAAAGAAUUUGUCUUUUAAUAUGUUGGAGAAAGUUACACCCGAAAAGACACAAGAGACUUAAUGAAGAAGCAGAACACAUUUUUGUUUCUGGAAGUCCUUCAGGGCAGGCCACGGUGAUUCAGGAAACAUGACUCAUUAGAUUAAACAGUCACAGUGGCUUUUGGCGGUUAUUGGUGACAGAAAUUAUACAUGAAUGCACAAGUUUGGAUGCCUGAAAUCUAGUUUGGUCAACAUUUGAACAGUUUUACUGUUGCUAUGGCCUUGUCUCUAGGUCUUAAAUUUUUCAUGUUUGACGUCUGUUUGGAGGGAGCUUGUUCAUUCAUUCAAGUUUUUUUUUUGCCAAAUUUUUACCAGAAGUCUACUAGGAUGGAGAUAGAACAGUGUAAGCAGUUAUUUUAUUUUUUGACAUCAUGUUUGUCUGAAAAUUUCAUAGUUGGAAGAAAAUAUUCUUGGUUAAGGAAAGUUUGUAGUUUAGUUUUUUUGAAUUCAGAAUCUGGAGAGGUCAUGGAGCUAUGAGGGUUUUAGCAGGAACUUUGUGGUCGGAGUUACAGAAAGCACCUUGCUGCUUAGAAAUAUUGGUGUCAAAGUGAAACAUUACCGCUCUUCCGGUGUGUUUUGACAGACGUGAUAUACACACACACACACAGCUGAUAAGUUUCCUUUCCAGGUGUUGCAAAAAAAAAAAAAAAAAGGAGAAGAGAUUUGUUCAUUUUCAUUGAAGCAGAUGCUGCAUAUUUUUCUUGGUCAGAAAGUUCAUGUGAUAUUAAUGCUGUCAGUUCCACAACUCCCUGCAGCGCAUGUGCAGUAAAUAUUGCCUGAGCCUCUUUGAAGUCCUUAGACAUGCUCAUAUGCAUGCAAGAGGCUGCACACUUAUCAGCCUAUAACUAAGGAAACGAACACCUUGCAACACCACACAUAUAGACUGAACCUGAGCAGCAUACUCAAGCAUUUUAACACUCACCUGAGUGUGUUUGGUGAGCUUUUUCAGCAUUAGAUACCCAAUAAUCCUAAUCAGUGAAGUAUCUGCUCGCUUGGCUUCUCCUGUGCUUGCAGAACUUUUGUUGUAUCCCUCAUGUAAAUGCAAUAAGUAAAUGCAAAAUCUGCUUCCUCUGCCAUCUUAGAUAUCUGGAAGUAGAGCUGCAUGGUAUAUCUUUUUGAGCAUCAUCAUCGCGAUGUAUGUGUGUGUGAUAGUGACAUUGCAGAGCCUGCGAUGUUGGAGCUGAAUUGACUGACAUACACUGCAUGCGACUCUGCAUGUGCUGUGCAGCAAUCCACCAAUCACAUUCGUUCUUUACUCAGUUGCCAAUCAGACUACCCUGCCAGCCGUCUAUCAAAAUCAAAGAUCCACAAUGAUCCAUUGUGUCAAAGGCCACACUGAGGUCUAGAAGUACCAGGACCAGGCACAUUCUGCAGUGUAGCCUAUUUUGUCUCAUUGGAUGGGAUAUCAGCAGUGUAAGAGUUAAGGAUAGAAUAACACCAACAUGUGAUGUGAUUUUGAUCAGACAUAUGGCAUUAUAGCAUGGAUGACUACCACUAUGUCCUUCCUUCAUCUGAGAGGUUCAGAUUUUACUUUACUUUGUAAAACACUCAACCCACUUCACUCUGAACUGUGACCCAGCAGGAUUUUACUACAAAGGAGAGAAAAUUUGAAGAUCCUUGUGUAAUUUUCAUCGUAACCCAGACUACUCAGCCUAACAUUAGUUUCAAGUUCAAUUUUUGAAUUCUGGAUGCUGAUGUUCAUUGAGAAAGCAUCAAAUUCAGUCUGCAUAUUGUCCCCCAGAUUCAUAACUACUAAAUCCUGAUCCAAUUGUUAUCCCUGCCUGUCCUCUUCACUUAGCAUGGACACAAUGCAGGAAACAUCCAGCUGCCAGGAGAUUAAGCCCAUCCCUUUACCCCAUCACACACACACAUACAUGAUGCACACACACACGCACACACACACACAUACACAGGGCUGAGAAAACACAUUCCAGUAGAGUCGAGGCGGUGCAGAGUAAACCCUGUUUUCACAGUUUGCUGUCAGAUUCCAGGAAUCAUUUCACAGCAGCUCAGGAACAGACUGAUGGUGAGCCUGGCUUUUUGAUUCCACAGUUUAUGUUCAUGUCCCAGAAAUCCAGCUGUCAGCCGACCCAACUUUUCACCAGAUACUCCCCCCUAUCUGCCAGAACAAACUCUGUCGGAGCUGUCUGCACGGAGGGUACCUGGCAUAUCAAAACAUUUGAAGAUUCAAUUACACGUCUAUUAAACUGAGUUAAUUUAGAAGUUCAAGUAAUAGCUCCAACUUUUCUAAACUUCCAUCACUGAACUCAACCUGACGUCUGUAAAAACAAGCCUUCGACACUUUUUGCACAAAACUCCUGCGCAGCAAGAAUGGGAAACUUUAAAAGUGUUUAUUGAGGGUUAUAAAAAUUAUGCUCAGAGACGCUCACUUGGAAGGCAAUAAUCUAAAACAAAUCAACUGUCAGACUUUAACUUUGCAUGUUGGAGAAUAUUUUAAAGAUGCUGCAUUGCUUUGCUACCAAGCAGCAACCUACAGUCUUGACAAAUUGAGCUAAUGCCAAAGUGAGGUAGGCUGCAAAAAUCUUAAUAAAAUCUUAUUAAACUAGCGAACUUUUUUUUCUUUUCAUUGUUUUUAACUUUUUAUGUAGGUCAAAAUUUUUUUUGUCUUGUUUUAACCUUUUCCUUAAAGGUGACCUUGAAUGCUUUGAAUGGUGCCUAUAAAUGAAAUGCAUUUUUAUUAUUACUAUUAUUAUUAUUUUUGUUGUUGUUGUUGUUGUUGUUGUUGUUGUUGUUGUUGUUGUUGUUAAUAAUAAUGAUAGUAAUAAUAAUAAUAAUAAUAAUAAGGAUUAUAAUAAGGAAGGUAUAAUACCAAUUAAGUAUAAGCAUAUUUCCCAAACUACUUGCUGUAGUAAAUCCCACAGGAGGCCAUUGAUGUGUGAAGGGGUUUUAUCGUCAAUAUACCUAUCCAGAGUGUAGUUAUUGAUUACUUUAGUGAAUUUUUUUUCCAGUGUUACACUUGAUAGAGAAUCCCUGUGCUCUGAAGUGAUGGCAGACUGUGCAGAGAAGGGAGUGUUAACUGUUAAGCUUGCAGGACAGCUUCAGGUUGUUCUGAGGAUAAUCAGGUUGUCGCUCUCUGUCUGUCUUACUGUUGUUGCAUUUGUAAAGGCAGAAUCUGUUCAUGUAUUCCCAACAAUCCUAUUCUGAUUUGAGCACAAGCAUGCAUGUUAUUUGCUGCAUGUAAGUGCAUUUGAUUCUCUGGGGGUAGAGGUUACCCAAUCAGCAAAAAAUGUUUUUUUUUUCCCCAUUUUUAUUCAACCUAAGCAGUUUGAAAUAUGAAAUCUAUGAAAUUCUCGAGUUAAGGUUAAUUUGCUAAUUUCAAAAUCUGUUAAAAAGAGUCAGGUACAUAAAAAGCCUCUGUAGUAUAGUAUUGAGAGGAAAUGUAAUUAGUUACUUUCCACCUCUGGGAAAAUCUUCUGCACAUGCAUCCCUAAAAAAUAAAAAUUUCUUGGUAUUUCCAGAAGCUCUGCCUCUAAAAUUUUCCAAACGUUCUUUCUCACACGUCCUUUAUAUGGAAAAAUGUCAUUGCUCAGGCAGAGUGUAAGCUUACUCAGGUAUCUGAAACUGUAAACUAAUCACAAACCACACCUAUUGAUGAGAAAAAUAAAAGCCAGAGUUCAGUCGAGUCUGAGCACCUUUGAACCUGAUAAGAGCUGAGACAUCACUGAGGUGACUCAAUGAAUGGAGCUGGAGUAUCAUCCUGUUAAUACACAUUUCUUGUUUUAUCCAUCUGGCAACAGCUGCUGGUGUUGCCAGAUCUUUGAGAGAAAAAAGCAACUAGUUAUAAGUAAACCAACCCAAAAAAACACAACUUGUAUCUUCAUCAUCUUAAUGUAUUACUAACCAUAUCUUCUCCAGCUCCAAGCAAUUUAUUUAAUGCAGAACUUUUUUGUGAACAAGAAUGAAAAGACAACAUGCACAAGAAGUGACAAAGUAAUGUCACACACAAGCACAAGUCUUAAAGAGUAGGAAAGUUACUGAAUAUAUGGCAAAAAAAGUAAAGAUUCAAGGAGGUUAAGUAAGAAAAGAAGAAAAAGUCUAUGUGUGGACAGACUACAACACAAGAGACAUCAAAGAGUAACACAGAGCAGUACAUUACACAGUCACAGUCCAUCACAGAGGGAAACUAGAAAAUGUUACUCAGAAUGAAAAGCAGCGAUAUCAUCAGUGGUUACAGAGCUGAGUAUCAUUUUGCACAUUUUUCAGUUUGGUUUUAAAGCUGUGGAUCAAAUUGCAGCUCUGACUGUCAUCUCAUCAGUGGUGCUCUCGGUUGUGGCCGUCUCAGAGAAAGAUGACUGUUCAAAGGCAGCAUGAUGAAAAAGUAUAAAGCAAAAGUUGAUAAAUGAAUAUGAAGAUGCUGGGUAAAUCCAUUCAAAUCGUGCACAUUGACACAGUUUUGAUAAUUAUAACAGGUUAUCGAAGUUUUUAAAGUUAUAUGUAAUUGAUACAUGUUUACACUGGUUGAAAAUGGUUGCUAAGUUACAAUAAAUUCUAUCUUUUUCAACGCCAGAUCAACUGAAAUCACAAGCUAUGCAAAAUUUGUCCCCCCUCCUGCCAGGGCUGUUUUCCUGAGAGAGGACCAUGUCUUUUUUGCUCCAUCUUUUUAUUUCCAUAUUGUCUGUAUGUGAUGAAUGUAUCAGCAGAUGAGGACAGAUUUAGGAAGUCUUAGUGAGAGGACUGUGAGGAAGACUUUUGUAGUGCCACUUAUUGCCCACUUGCAUCAGAUUAUCAGCAUUAUCCAGAUGAGAACUUGAACAUUAACAGCUUACUUAUCAUAAGUGUUUGAUAAAUGAAGAUAUCAGCUCCACAAAGAAGACAUGCAAAAGUUAUUGAGACGUGAAUGUAUCUAAGUGUAGUUUUACAGCAAUGUGUCACACAGCCAGGAGGGAACUUUUUAAGGUAAAAUCAGGUCCUCUGUCAAGUGUUCCAGUGUUUAACAGCUUUGACCUCUGUGUCUCCUGCAGGCUGUUGCAGGGAAGCUCUCAGAGGACGGUUUGCUGCAGACGUCCAGCUGUGAGCUGCAGGACACCAUGAGACGUCUGGGCUCCAGCUCAGACGACCGAUCACGCCUCACUGCUGCCCUCUCCUGUUUAAAGAGUCCCAAUGAAACGGGUGAUGCAGGUACGCUGGCUGCUCUGCAUGUUAGGAAGAAUAAGAGUCGGUUAGUGAAAUUUACUAAUCUAUUUCCUCUUGCCCGCAGGUUCCUGCAGCUCUGACCCUUCACAGGACAGCGAUGCCUUCUCUCCAACCAGCCCCCCCUCCAGCUCCUUCAGCCCCACUGUCCCCCUUCAGCCCAUCACCAACCACGGCCGCUCCAUCUCCAUAUCAGUGGUGCCUUGUUCAGGGGAACAGAGGACGUACAUAUCAACAGAAGAAAUGACAGACGCCUUCUCUCCUGAACCCAGCACGCCUCCACCCAGCCGAGCCUCAAAGUCCCGCACCCUCAAGUCCUGCCAGACCCCACCACCGCCUUCACGCAAACUGCUGCAGCUCUUCCCCACUAUCAACCUGACCAGGAGUAAGAGCCAGGAGUCCCAGCUGGCAAAUCGUAUUGAGGAACCAGCAGCACAAAGGUGGGAUUGAAAACAAAGAUACACUUUGAUGUAUAAAACAAACAGGAGAUGGUUGAAAGUUAACAAGCUGAUUUUAAUAUUACAGAGUCAAGUUUGACGAAUUCAGUGUCUUAAUAUUUGGUGAAAGAUGUUUCAAAGUUUUAGAAAUCUGGAUAUAAGAUUAUAGAGAAUAUGGAGGAUUGGUUGUAGACUGAUGAAGACUGAAGCUUCAUUUGUUACAAAAAUAUUUUGUGUGACUGGUAACUUUCUCUAACUCAGAGGGAACCUCUGAGCAGCUUAAAAAAAACUGAAGAUCAUUACAGUAUACAACUUGUCACAGCGUGGUUUUAAUACACAAGUAAAGGUCUAACUUUAUGUACGAUCAUCAUUUGGAAACUUUUCAAAAUCAAGCUCCCAGAUUGAUUCAAAUACUACCAGAAGGAUUAAUCUUUUUAUCUUCCUGUUUAUGAAACCAAAUUUCCAGUUCUUUUUCAUAUACUGCAGUGAAAUAAAUACUUAGGAAAAGACAUGCUGAUUAGAGGUCAGCCUCUUCAAAAUUAAAAGCGAAAGAAACUGUCAUCACAUUUAAUCAUGGAGUUAAAUUAAUUAAUUUAUUAAUUGAUUUAAUUAAAUUUGUUUGCGUAUUUGUUUUCUUUUUCUUUCUAUGAACUCAAUCAGGGAUGCCCAGUUCAAGGAAAGUUUUCAUGAUGAGAUAAAAUUGCAUCUUUCUGUAAGAGUAAUGCUCACUUCUUAUUUGUGAGGAAAAGCCAUUGGUUCACCACAUUCAUUGUCACGAAACUACAUUAACAAAAACAGUACUAUUUUUCUUAUGAACAUCCAGGAAGUACUAGUCUAAUGCUGCCCCUGUUGGUUAGUUAGUUUGUGUUUGGGUGCUGUAAAAGGUUCAGUUAGUUUUGAUACACCCAUGUAACCCACAUAACUGACAGAGGCAGUUGUGGACCAGCAACCCCUCUGUGCAGUUCAAGGUACCAUUAUAGAUUUUGUCAAUGAGAUCAGGUUUUCUUUACCAAAUAGGUCAUCAUCUAUAGGGUUCCUUUUUAUUAAGUCAACUCUUAACAGUAAAAAAACAGAACUAUUAGUGGACACACUUUAAUCAGUCUUUGUCAAUAAUGCAGCCAUUAAAGCUACUACUGCAUUCCCAAAAUAUUCCCAAAACAUUAGCAUGCUCCACCCGAAGUGUGUGACGGAGAGGUAUCGGAGGUCAUUCCUUCCUACAGCUGUUAGACUCCACAACAGAAACCUCAGUGUGCAAUUCACCAUAUUUAUAUGUAUAUCCUGUACACAUCUAUUCUAUACACACGUAUGCUUAUUCUGUGUAAAUAGUUAGAAAUAUCUCAAUUUCAACCAUAAUAUAACAACAUGUACAUAACAGCUGUAAAUAACACUCAUGUAUACAUCUUUUUUAUGUCUUUUUAACUCCUAAAUUUCUUUAUUCUUUAAGUUCUCUUUUGUAUUUAUCGCUGCUGUAAAUUUGGAAUUUCCCCUCAUGAGACAAUUAAAGGAAUAAAUUAUCUUAUCUCAUAUUUAGUCCUUGUUGGUUAGUGCCAACCCAAAGAUGUACUCUUGUAUGUCACUCCUGUGCACCUUUGUUCACCUGAUACCUGUCUGGACCUUACAGGUGCAGGCUGUAUUGAAGGCUGCACUGGACUGUGUGAUGUAUUAGAGAACCUGCAGUGUUAAUUCGUCUCUCUGUGUUCUUGCAGGACCGGUAGAAAGAACAAAGUUUUGGCUGCUAUUCACAUAAAUGGCUCAGGGCACUCUACUGAGGAUCCAGCUCUACGCUCACCUCCGCUGUCUGCACGAACACCAGGUCCUGUCCCCUCCUCUGCCCCUUACAUGAUGACGGCACACCCCCCUCUGCUGCUAGACGGUGAGUCUUUAAUGACAGACUUCUGCUCUGGGUGUAAAUCAGUGCUUCUAGAUACGUAUUAAAGGGAAUAUUUCAAUGUUAUCUUUAGGUGUGAGCACGCACAGGAGCUCCCCUCAGACUCUGAGGAGAGACAUCGGCCUCGCUGUAACACACAGGUUGGUUUACCUUCACACCUGCUGACUUCCUGCCCUGUCAGAAAAAAAGACCUGAAUGGAAAAAUUGACAGUUGGGUUGAAUUUAGAUGUGGUCAUGACGUUUUUAGUGAGAGUGGGCUGAUGUUGAGGUCACUUUUUCCCCAUAUUAGAUAAUGUUGAAUUGUAGGACAGAUGUAAAAGUGCUAUUUAUUUUCAUGGUAGAGACAAUCAAAAAGAUCAUUAUCUCUGUAUAGAAUCAUACCAGAUUGAGCCUUAUCAGUGAAAUGGAAGACAAGCUAAGAUCGAUUUAUUGAUACCCUAAAAUAAGACUUUCACCUCUUUACUUAUUGCUUGUCAAAAGUUAAUUAUACACCAGUUUAUAUGUGUUAAUUUUGGUUGGGAAUGACUUAAAUGCACAGUCCUAUUUACUUUCAGUCCUAUUUAAAUCACAGACUGAUAGUAUGUUUCCCUCUUAUGGGCUAAAAGAGUAUUACAACAAAAACCUCUUUUUUUCCCCCCACCAUACCUGUAUUGGGGUUUCUUUUCCUUUUCAGUUUUAGUUACAAAAUUAAAAAUCCUAAACCAGGGAUUGCUUUCCUUUCUUAUUUUCCUCAACCAUAUUGCUAUUUCUAAAACAGAGCAAUUUUCUGUGUUACCUUUCCCCAAGUCAUUGAUGUGGCAAGGAAAUCAGUUUACCUCUAAGUAAGUGGUUGUUCGUAGGGAUAUUAGUGAGAAAUAGCAAUGAGAAGCCAAUGAAAUAGCCUAGAGAACCUGAUUUGAUUGAAUAACGUCAUGUUUUUACUUUUAUUUAAUGCAUCAGAAAUAGAAAAAUUUGAACAAAGUCACUGAUAUAAACUGGCGUUUGAAAUUUAUUACCAGGUUUUAUUUUCUCACUCGUCUCAUUGUUCUUUUCUCAACCAACAAAUUUUAACUCAUGUAACUCUAGAAGAGUUGUUGAAAUUUCUUUGUUACCAUGAUCAUCUUUUCAAAACUUUUUUCUUCUUUGUAGGUUUUCCACAAAGUCCUGGCUCUCUCAGACAUGUCAAGUGUGUCGAAAGAGCAUGAUGUUUGGCGUUAAAUGCAAACACUGCAAGUAAGAGAUCAUAAAUGGUAAACUCAGAUACUACGAGUUUUCAUUAGUCUGUAUUUCUCUCAUGAGUUAACGUUGCUUCUCUUCUUUACAGGUUAAAGUGUCACAACAAAUGCACCAAAGAUGCUCCCUCAUGUCGGAUAUCAUUCCUCACAUGUAAGAUACACUUACUUUUCUUUUAUAUAUUUUUUCUUUUUUUCAAUGUAUCAAUGAAAAAAAGCUGCUUUGAGAGUUAUAAAUUUUCACAACAAAGAAUCUGGAAAAUGUUCCUCAUAGUUGACUAUAAUAGUUGAUUUAAAAAAAUUGGCAAUCAUCAAGUUAAGUUCCUUCUUAUUUUGAAAAUCUAAUCAUAAUAUUGAGUGAUUUAUUGAAGUACAAGUUCUCGUUUUACUGCUUGCCAAAUAUGAAUAUUUGUCAGAGGAAAAAAACCCCAGAUGAUUUCUUGGUUGUGGAUAAAAACCAAACUGAGAUUUGAGUAAAUCUGCUUUAGGUUAUUGGAUUGAACCAAAAUUCUGUACUUAAUCCAUUUAACUGAUGGAUUUAUCAUAAAAGAAAAUGGCAAGCUUAAAAGAUAUGAAAAACAGUAAACCCUAAACUUGUCAUAUUCAUAGUUGCGCUUCAUUAUGUCCAGAAAGAAAGUUUCAUAGGAGUUUUAUUUAGAUUUGUUCAUUCAAGAUGAAUUUUUACAAGAACAACAUAGGCGCACUCUAAAUUUGCAAGCUUCUCUUUGAUAUUAUUUGUUUAUAUUAUUAUUCAAAUUCAUAUUUAUUAAAUCUGGUCUGCAGUGCCGAGGAUGCGCAGAGCUGAAUCAGUUCCAUCAGACAUCAACAAUCGUAUUGAUCACACAGCAGUGAUCCCGCCGCAGUUUGGGACUUUACCCAAAGCUGUGACAAAGAGAGUAAGUACAGGUUCAAGUUUAUUACCGCGGACUUAAAUGUGGUUAUCUUUGUUUAGUUUGACUUAUACCUCUGUGUUUGUGUGUGUGUGUGUGUGUGUGUGUGUGUGUGUGUGUGUGUGUGUGUGUGUGUGUGUGUGUGUGUGUGUGUGUGUGUGUGUUUACAGGAGCCUCUUCCCAGUAUAAACCAGAUGGACUCCAGCAGUAACCCCUCCUCAGCCACCUCCUCCACCCCCUCCUCCCCCGCUCUCCUCCAGCAGAGUAACCCGCCCAGUGUUAGCGCCACCCCCCCUCCUCAUUCAUCACCGCAGGGCUGUCGGGAUGACCGUUUCCACUUCCCAGGUAAACACAUCUACUUAAUAUUCACUGACGGUAUUGUUGAAUUAUGGGAAGUGGAGUUUUUGGAGUCAAAAAAUCUUCACCAGCAAUGCUGCUUUUUUUAAAAAUUAGUUUUAAAAUCCUUUCUGUUUCUGCUUUCUCUAAACAGUAUUUUGUGUUUUCUUGUUACUGUGCAAUUUCCAAAAAACAAUCAUAAUAUAUCCUAUGACAUCUUUGAGUUUUAUCCAAUGGAUUUUCUUGUUAUUUAAGGACUGAAAUUGCAAAAGUAUCAAGUAAACGCCUGGAACAAUGCCUGUUUUUAUUGCGCAGCGAUGCAUAUUUACAAUAUGCAAUAACCUCUGACAUGCAGACAUAUAUCCAUGCGACAUUUUUUAAAGAUGAGUAUAACUUUAAUGUGUUUUUUUUCUACAGAUGUUCCUGCUUCUUCACAUCCUGCUGUUCACCUCAGUGCAAGCAGCCACGAGUCUGAGUAAGUCAGUAACACUUCAACGACUCAAAAGUUUUUAUUUACACAGAUCUCUGACAGUGUCGAGUUUUCUCUGUUGUUCAAGGGUCCAAUAAAGAUUUGACACGUACUAUGAUAUCAAAAAUGUAAGGUAAAGCAGAGUUUGACAAUGUGAUGACCACUUUUAUCUUCUUAUGAAUGCUAUGUGUAAUUUGAUGCAUUUACAGUACUAUUGAACGGAUGGAAAAAAUGUAGUGCAGGAAAAAGACACUGAAGCAGCUUCAUUACGUAAGCCAAGAUCACACGUGGUUGCUUUUCAGUGGUAUGACGCAUUUCUGUGACAUCCCACCUGCUUUUCAAUAGUGUCCCUUAAUUUUACCUCCUAUGUGAGCAUUUCAAGUAAAACGUUCUUGGUUUGUUUGUGUUUGCACAUGCUUUUUUAGAAGCUUCGUAAUUGUAUUGAAUAUAUCUUACAGAAACAGUAACCUAGUCUGUCCAGCAGAGGGUGCUAACAAGGUGUCUUUCUACACUUAAGAAUCCUGCUCAUUGCAUAAUGCAACUGUGCUUUACAAUAAAACAGUGACAGAUCUCUGCAGCAUUAUUUUACAUUAUUUGACAUAUACAUCCAGACAUGUAAUACAAUGUAGGCUAACACAAAUACUCUAAUACUGUACUUGAAACAAAUGUUUUAAUUGUAAAGUCAAAAUUUUGAGCUUUGAAUAUCUAAAAAUAAACGUUGUGGUUUGUUAUUUUUGUCUUGUUUUUCUGUCAGAGUGUCACAAGCUGCUGUCACAGAGACCCAGCUCACAGCAGCAGAGCGAGGAGGGGUGAGACCACCUAAACGCACACACACACACACACACACACACACACACACACACACACACACACACACACACACACACACACACACACACACACACACACACACACACACACACACACACACACACACACACACACUCACGCUCACAUCCUCUGUGCUUUAAAUAAACAAAAUGAGGAGGUGAAACAGAGUCACUUUCUUGUUUUGCAUAGGAAUACUUUUUGCAUGUAUCAGUAUUAGGUUUCGUAUUAUUGAACUGAGUCACCUAAAAAUUUGAACAUGAUUCCAUGAAGCCAAACAAUAUAAUGUUUUUUUAAGGUGAAAAAAGUCCAUUUUAGAGAUUGUGCUGGAGGCUAGACUGAUGCCAUCUACUGCAGUUAUAUCCUUAGAAAAUUUCUCUCUAAGGGAUUUUCUGAUAAUGUUACACCGAGGAAGCAGAUAUAAAGUGAAAGGGAUUGGUCCUUGCACAGAACCUUGUGGAAACCCACAAUUAAACUUGGUAUGCGCUGAAGAAUUUUCAUUGACAUGCACAAACUGAUAUAAACCAAGCUAAAACAGUUCCAGUCAUACCUAUGUGUUUGCUAAGCCUCUGUAACGGGAUCUGAUGGUCAGUCGUAUCGAAAGCAGCACUGAGAUCUGACAAAACAAGUACUGAGAGAGGACUGCAAUCUGUGGCCAUCAGUAGGUCAUCAGUCCCCCUCAGUAGUGCGGUUUCACUUCUAUAGUGGACUCUAAAUCCUGACUGAAAAUACUUAAAUAAAGCGUUGCUGCUGAGAAAGGCACAGAGCUGAUUAGGUGAAAGGUUUGAUGGUGGCCCACAGUCACCAAAGUGCCUGAAUCUAGUGUUGUUGUUUUUUAAGACGAGGUCUUAAAGUCUGUAGAAUGUAUCCUGUUACUCAAGACACACUAAUCAUGCUGAGUAAAGAGCUGAUUAUGGCAAAGACAUCUCUCAGCAGCUUGGUGGGAAUUGGUCUUAGAAACAAGUUGGUCGUUUGUACAGUGGAAUUCAGUUCAGGAAGGUAGAUGGGUAAAAAAAUAAUUGACGUAUUCAUUAGGUUUUACUAUACUCAAUAAUUUCAGAACUGAUUGAGGGAUCUAAACCUAGUGGGAGCAAUAGAGGGCUAAUUUUCCCUCUAAUAUUUAAGAUUUUCUCAUUUAAGAAGCUCCUAAAACCAUCACAGCUGAGGGCUAGAGGGAUCUGGAGUUUGUGAGAUUUGUAAGCAUCACAUGAUUACUGCACAUUACACAUGAUACUUGUUUUUGACAUUUUAAUGAUCUCUGAACUUAGAUCCAUGAGUUUGAGUCCAUUUCUGAACAUUUUAAUUGAGCAUUUUGUACGCAAACUGUUUAUUUUCAACAUAAAAUGUGUUGUCUUGUAGAAAAAAUCAUCUUAGAAAAAACAAAUUUCAAUAAUGCUUUACAACAGCAUGUGAAGUUUUCUUUCCCUUGUUUUGUUUUUAACAUAAAAUGACUUUUUAUAAAUCUGAAUGUAACUGUAUGUAUCUGUUUUGCUUCAGGAUGGGGUGGAGGAAGACCUCCAUGCUGAGGAGGAAACAGCUGAUCAAAGCUCUGGAACAACGAGCUUCUGCCCUGAGGAAGGGGAUGAAGACGGGCUGGAGGAUCUGCCGCCUUCAUCCAUCCGGCGUGCGAACGUCGGCCGCUGGAGGGGCCCGAUUUCCCGUAAGGCCAGUCAGACCAGCGUUUACCUGCAGGAAUGGGACAUCCCGUACGAGCAGCUGCAGCUGGGGGAGCUCAUUGGAAAGGUGAGCAAACAGAGACACUGGAGCAGUGGAUUAAGUACUUGGGAGCCAAACAUGAGCAAAACGGAAGACAUCACACCACAAAAUGACUUUGUAUUGCAGUAAAGUACACAACUAUCAGAGAAAUAUAGAGGAAUAAAAGUGGAAGUUGACAGAAAUAAAAGAAGCAUACAUACCUCUAGAUAGAAUCACAGUGGAGCACUGGUACUUAGUGACAUUGCAGGAAAACAUGAGCUGACGUGACUUUGUGUUUGUGCAGGGUCGCUGGGGGAAGGUUCACAAAGGCCGCUGGCACGGCGAGGUGGCCAUCCGUCUGCUGGAGAUCGAUGGAAACAACCAGGACCACCUUAAGGUCUUCAAGAAAGAGGUGAUGAACUACAGGCAGACCCGGCACGAGAACGUGGUGCUGUUUAUGGGCGCCUGCAUGGCCCCGCCCCACCUCGCCAUCAUCACCAGGUAGACACACUGACUGAGGCCCCUUUUACAUGUGGAUCUGAAUUAGUGAAAUAUUUGCACUGCAGCCUCAGUCUGAACCUUUCUGUUUGGGGGUCACACAUCUUUUAUUUCACAUAUUGUCUUCAGUAAGAAACGCUGAAAUCUUAUAUUUGUCAUAUUUUUUUAAUAAAGUAAAUCAAAGUGGUGAGACGUGUGCAAACCUACCGCAGAACUGAAGCUUUAUUGUGAGGGUAGCUUACUUUCCAGCUGAGCUCAAGCUGAAAGUGUAUGUUUUUGAUAACUUUAUUUAAUUUUGCGCUUUAACACUUGAUGUGUGGUUUUGGAAAUUCUAUAGCUUUGACAGCUUGUGUUUUUUGUCUUUAGUUUCUGCAAAGGUAUGACUCUAUACUCUGUUGUAAGAGAAAGAGGUCAUCUGCUGGACAUCAACAAGAUCAGACAAAUUGCACAGGACAUUGUAAAGGUAGGAACCUCACUUUUUUACUGUACACAGCUGCUGCACCAGUCUUUAAACUGCUAACCAAACUCAAUGCAAAAAAACGGUUAUUUUACCUCAGAGUUGCUGGACUACUGCUCGGUUAAUCGAUUAUUUUCUGGUAUUGUUUUUUGUUGAUUAUUUUGAUGAAUAUAUUCUUCGAUCAAUACAGACCAUAAAAGCAUCAGAGUUACCAAAUAAUGUAUAAAGGUAGAUCAGCAAUUCCUGUGGUCUGCAUGUGUAACUGUUUCUCAAAAUAACUUUUUUUUCAAUGGAAUCUCAUAUUUUGAAAAGAGUCAUGCAGCAGGGUCUUUAAGUGAUGCUGAAACUGACGAGAUAGAAAUAUAUUCAUCUCAGCUAUGUCUUCUGCAGGGGAUGGGUUACCUGCACGCCAAAGACAUCAUCCACAAAGACCUGAAGUCGAAGAAUGUUUUCUACAACACAAACAGGGUGGUGAUCACAGACUUUGGUCUAUUUGGCAUGUCUGGAGUUGUACAGGAAGGAAGGUAAGGAGAAGAUGCAUGAUGUGUCAGUCUGUAUCUCUGCUAAGAUGUGACUGUUGUGUUUAUAAAUGUAUAUUUGUGUGUUUAGGAGAAAGAACGUGCUGCGGAUACCUCGGGGCUGGAUCUCUUAUCUCGCUCCAGAAAUAGUCCAAAAAAUGAGCCCAGAGGAGAACGAGGAUAAGCUGCCGUUCUCAAAAGCUGCAGACGUUUAUUCUUUUGGGUAUGUGAUGAUUAUUAUUUCUCUCAAACUUCAUUUAUGUGGAUUUAUUUUAAAGACACAUAAGGAUAAAAUAAAGUGUUCAGUAAAUUGAGAAGGAAAACAAAGAUGUUAAUUUUAAUCACAUUUCCAGAGUUGGAUGUGAUAUUUUCAAAAUUUAGUUUUUGUCCAACUCAUCUCUCAAAACCUAUAAAUGUCCAUUUGCACACCUACAACAUCCAGCAAAUAUUCAUCAGACUAAUACUAGACAUGACACAACAGGGUCCAAACGUUUUCAAUCUGAUUCUUGUGUUUUGGAUUAUUUCCAGCACCAUCUGGUACGAGCUGCAGGUUGGAGACUGGCCUUUCACUGACCUUCCUGUGGAAGCGAAAAUCUGGUUGGCGGGAAGCGGCGAGGGAAUAAAGAAAGUUCUAGCAGACGCCAACUUGGGGAAAGAGGUCACGGUGAGUCUGCUGAACCAAACAUCAAUUAAAAUUUCAAAGUUUUCGAUACGUUAAAGCCACAAAAUUACAAUGUAGUGAGAGGAAAGGGAGUUGUUUAACACAUCGAUCAAGGCCCAAAAUACAAGACAGCAGAGAUCACAUCCUGCUGAUAACUAGCAGCUCCCUCCUGAUACUCAGGGGAACUGGUGAGUUACAUGAAAAAUCAAACUUUGUUUAUUGUCCUCAAAUGGGAAUAUAUUUUAAAGACAAGCUGAUACAGUGUUGUGAGAAAUCUCCCCAAAUGAGGUGAGAAUUAUCGGUUAGAUUACUUUUCAAGGGAGAAAAGAAAUGCACAUGUUUUUUUUUUUCCUUGUUAUUAUUAUUUAUCAUUAUGUAGCCUGAGACAGUUUUCCUCUUUCAACUCUGUUCCAAGAGGCAAACAAGCGUCAAAAAAUGAGGGGUUAGGGUAAAAUUGAGAAAUGGUUAAAGCUUAGAUGAUGAAUCUUCAAAAUCAUAAACCAAAGUUUUAAGCAGCUUUGACCCCCAUACUUUUAAAUCACUCCUAAAAACAUACCUUUUUAAAUGGGCUUUUAACCUAUGAACUGUUCUUUUAUUGUCUUUACAUAUUGUUUCUUUUUUAACCGUCUACACUGUUGGUCUUAUUACUCAACAUUUUCUGUAUUUUAAAAUGUGUUUAUUUUUGUGAAGCAUCUUUGUAAAAGUGCGUUAUAAAUACAAUUUAUUAUUAUUAUUAUUAUUAUUAUUAUUAUUAUUAUUAUUAUUAUUAUUAUUAUUAUUAUUAUGAGCUCUGUAUCUUAGUGGCAGCCAGAGUUUUUUUUUUUUUAUUUGUUUUUUUUUUUACUCCUUAUUAGGCCAAGCUUCCAUAUAAUCAGAAGUGCAUUUACUGUCCUUUGAAAAAAAAUGUUGGGAAAUUGAAACAGCUGCUAAACUCUGACUUUGGUGUAUUUAAAGUUGAAAUCAUUUCAGUUGUUUUUAUGUGAUGGUUUGAACUUUAGACCAGUCCUGUAAAACACAAGCUAUAAAUUCUUCAUAUUUCUCCGUUUAAAACUAUAUUAUUGUGCGCUGAAGAAGCCACCCUUACUGCCAAAUAAACUUAGAUGACUUUGGUUGUAACUUACUUAAUUUGUUUUGAUGAUACACUUUGGUGUUAUCAGUUUAACAGUGACUGGCAAGGUAGUUCUGAUCCUGGUUGCAAAGAGGAAGAGUAACAGAUGCAAAAAAUAUAUAUAUCUCCAAGACGGUUAAAAGAAAUCAUAAUGUGAUGGUAUUUAAUUGUCCUCACUUUGUCUCAACAGGAGAUCCUUUCAGCCUGCUGGUGUUCAGAGGCUGACGGCAGGCCGACGUUUACCCAGCUGUCUGACAUGCUGGAGAAACUCCCUAAACUGAACCGCAGGCUGUCUCACCCCGGACACUUCGGCAAGACCACUGAGUACGUAUCAUAGAACCGGGAAAAGAUUUAUUCCUCCCACAUCCUCAUCCUUACCCGAGAGGAGCCAGCCCUGCAACAUUCAUACAAACAUCCACAAAGGGAGUCUUUGUAGGCAAAAAUGAGGAGCCUUAACACCAUCGACUAAAAUGUUGUAAAUAAGAUUUUGUAAAAAAAAUGUGAAUACUAUGAAUUUGUCCUGCUGAGUAUGAACUUACACGAACAACCUUUUCUAAUGUGAUUUUUGUUUUGUACUAUAGGGAAAAUGUUAGUGUUUCUUUUUGCCUGUUUUUUGCUUUCUUUAUCUUUUUUUUUCCAGACUUUCCAUCCUGUUACUCACCCUCUCUCUCUCUUUCUGUUAUUUCCUCCUCCGGCUGCUGACUGAUCUCCGCUGAACUGUCUCCUCAAACUCUUUCCUGCAUUUCCUCGUCUCUCUCUGUGCUCGCCUGUCUUCCACCCCUACUGGUGUCUGUCUCCUCCUCGCUGCAUUUCUCCUCUUGAUGAAGGCUGUGGGAUCAUCAUCACCAUCAUCAUCAUCACUGUCUGAGAGACCUCUGCCAUCAGGGCCUUCAUGCACACUGUCCUUACAUGUACAAAUACUGCAGCUGAGGGCCACAGAGGCUCUUUUUUUUAACUAGAUUAAUAUAAUGUUUAGAUUUUUAUCUAUAGAGACAUAUUUUUUAUCUGAUUUAAUCUCAAUCUGUUUCCAUCUUCCUCAGAUACAGUUUUCAUAUCAAAACCAGGUAGAAAGGGCUCGCAAAACCAGGCUGGUACUGCUGAAUUCAUUUUGGUUUUUGCUAGUUUUAAGAAUUUAAGUUCUAUCUUACACUUUAUUUUGAUAUGGUGCAGUAUUUGAAAAAUACUGUGCCUGUGGAAACCAAUUUAAGCCAAGUAAACCCAGUAUUGUCUAAUGGAUGCAACAAAUAAUGUCUUACGCAGUUUUCCAGUUUGAAAAGAUGACUUAUGCAGUCUAAAUGUCUGUGUGAAUAUUAAUGCAUUAAAGUUGCCAAAAGAUAAAAUAUUGAAGUGAUUAACUGUUGUGCACUGACACAGUGAACAUCUGUUUCUCAUCACCUCUAUGGAAAGAAUAAGCCAAGGCUCUGCUGAGCAUCCUGUGCCAGAAUUGAAUGGAUUUUGAUAAAUAAGACAGUUUCUCAACUAACAAGAAUAAAAUGCAAACUAAUAAAACACAGUUUUUGACCAGUACCUAACUGAAGACAAAUCUAACAUUCAUUUUCAUUUACACUGGUUUCCAUCUCUAUUGUAGUCCCGUAUCCUCUUGCAUACAGCGAUCUAAGACUAACCAGGGGCAGGAGCUGCUAAUGAGCUAUGACCUGAAACCCUUAUGCAUGGCACUUUAAAGAAGUUUUCAUGCAUUUGUCCCUGUCUCAAAUAAACCAAUAUAUAAAUUGGAAAAGACACUUUUUCUCUGAUUGGGUAGUUAGGAUUGGGAUACAAAAUAGUACCAAAAGAAUCAGGAAUUUCCCUGAUCUCAGCAGAGGGAUGGAUUCAGAUUGGGUUACAGCAAAGCUUCAAAGUUUUCUUACACCAUGCAGCAGUCCUAGAAUGAUUGCUUAAUUUCUGCAGUGACAGAGUGGAUGAAACAAACAUAAAACAAUAUUCUCCGCAUAAAGCAAGUAACAAAACAGCAUCAGUAUCAUUGUUUUGAAUUUUAAAGUGUUUAUGAGGAUCUUCUGAUGGGUAUUGAUUUUUGCACCCCUCGUCUAAAUUUGUAUCUCCUACCUCCUUGCUGAUUUCCUCUUGUACAUGUAUGAGUGCAUGUUUUCUGGUAACAAAACCCAUCAAUGAAGCAGCAUUUUUGCUGCUGACAUAAAAGUAGGUCACCAAAUCACUGAUUAAAACCUCCACCACUAAGUUUUAAAGAACAAGCUGGAAAAUGUUUUGUAGAGUUAAAAAAAAAAACUAAGAAACAGUAACAGGUGUGCAUUUUUGUACUUCUUGUGAGCAGGUUGUGGUAAAGAACAGGAUGUGGCUGCUGUGUGUUUGUGUGCGUGUGUGUGUAUUUGUGUACAAUUAACACUCUCUUGAUGAGUCUGAAUGUAUUGCACCAGAAAACUGGAGUAUUUGUACUCAUGCAGAGCUGGAUGUUUUAUUUAGUAUUCAGUGUUCAUGUAAAAAGGGUCCAAUGUGAGACCUUUGAAAUGGUACCAUUGUGAGCAAACUGUUUUUCAAGGACUGUUUUGUGUUUUGUUUUUUGUUAAGGGGGGUUGUGUAGAGUAUUUUUGUACAGGCAGUCAAUAAACUUUCUAAGAUUCUGGUCUAAAUGAUUGAAGAUAAUUAAGUUUUUACUCUGUGUACUUUUUGUUCAUUGAUUAAAAAGGUAUUCAAAUGCA